UGGAGACAAGGGCCCAUGUUAAAUGUCCAUUGGGGAGAAAAAUCAACGAAAUACCUCGCGUCGGGUAGGAUUCGUAGGUUAGCGGCUCGCUACCUGAGUCAUGACUUGAAACCCGCGCGCGACCCGAAUUACCGACCCGACUCCUUGUUGCGACACGUUAAGGUGCGUUCGUACGUGCGCGUGGGAGCACAUGAUCUAAUUGGAGAAAUCAGUAUUUUUGGACACCCUAUUUGUGUAGAAAUAGAAACACUAAAUGAAGGGCACGCGUCAAUCAUUUCAAAAGCGCAAAACUCUUCCUCCUUCAAGAGUUUCUUCAAAUCCCGGACCCAAAAACCUCACAGAAACCCUAAAAGGAGAGUUUGUAAUCAGAUGUCGGACCCAAACGAUACCGAUUCCGACGCCCCCGAAGAGUUCACCGCCGAGCAGGGAAUACAGCAGGAUGAAGAGAUUACAAAAGUUCAAAAAGAAAGUAGCGCUAGGGUUGUCCGUGAAGGUAAAGAACGUCGUAGACAGUGGGCCGAAAAGAAAACACCACGCCCAUCUAAAAAAGGCGAAACUGUCGAAGAUGUAGCAGAAACCCCUAGACACGACGAUCAAGUUAGCAAGUUGGGAAUGCUUUCCAGUAAUCUUGUCCAACUGCUUGCCGAGCGUGAGAAACAAGUUUUCUCAUCAGACCCAGGCGAUGAAAAGCCUGCAGCUAAAUCAAAAACAAAGAGGAGGAAAAGCAAAAGCUCUGGGAUUGAAACGGUUCUUUUAAACGAGAGAGCACCAUCUCAAUGCUUACAGAACUCAUUGGAAUUUUUGAAGAAAAGGAAGAUGAAUAUUCCAAGGUCAUCAUCGGUUCUCGACAAUUCUAACCAAGCGUUACGCCUUCUUUCUUCAUCGGGCCUUCUAACUAAGAAAUAGCUUCUAUUUUUUUUUUGUUUUUUCUAAAGCGAUUUAUUGGGUUUCUGUCAGCUUCAACAGGAUAAUGUACAAUGUAUUUGAGAUUUUAAGUUCAAGACUGAUGCAACAUGGAGAGUAAAAAAGUUCAUUGAUUUCUUAUA